AUGAAAUCGAUCACGAUUAUAACACUGGCUUUAGCAGCUAUCAGCUGGUCCCAUGCUGAAGAAGAUGGAAAAUACCAUCCUGGUUUUUACGGUGACGUGAGAUAUCGUUAUUCGAAAGAUCCGUAUUACAGAAGGCUGGCGGAAAGAAAUGGCAAAUAUGGUUCUAUCUACAAAGCUUAUCAGCCGCUGUAUUAUCAGGCGCCAAGCAGGGAAAUUUUAUCGCCGUUACAAGUUAAAUUAGGUGGCAGUGUUGAUCAAUCUCCAUAUCCUUCUACUUUAUCUUACCGUAACCCAGCUGUCCCCAUCGUGUCGACAUACCGCCCGUUUGUGUACACAACCCCUAAGCCAUUCGCUGUUACCAAGUCUCAUCCUACAACAUAUUUCAAGUCAGUCGUUGACGGCGCUGCUAGCAUUGUGAGAGAAAACAGAAACUUCGAUGAAAAUAACUACCAUUUUUCAUAUGAGACUGAUAAUGGAAUUGCUGCCGAGGAAUCAGGAGUUGUAGAUUCUUCAGUCAAUGGAAUAGGCGGUGGUACCAAAGUCAGAGGAUUCUACGAAUAUAUAGGUGAUGACGGGCAUAAAUACAGAGUGGAUUACAUCGCUGAUGAAAACGGCUACAGAGCCAGCGGAGCUCACUUGCCUCAGACUUCUUAA